AGCAAACGAGAGUGGACGAAAAGAAGAAACAUGGUAGGGAAGAUCAUAGUAUUGUGCAUUUUGUCUGCAUUUUAUGUGACGUCUCGGUGAGAGCAAACGAGAGUGGACGAGAAAAGGAAACAUGGCAGGGAGAAUCAUAGCGUUGUGCAUUUUGUCUGCACUUUGUGCGGUCAGUGCAUUUGACACAGUAAAGGAUGAAUAUAUGGAGGAUAGAUCUGCGAAGUAUCCAGUAGCAGAAAUACCGUCAAUCUUUGCGUCCCGUUUAGAGAAACUGGAACAGCUUUACAAUAAAACGUUUAUCAAGAACGAUAGCUUCGGGUACACUUUGGGAGAACAUUAUAUGCAAAUACUAACUCACGACAACUACACAGAUCGUUUAAAAAGAGAAAUACAUGCUAUAGUAAACUUUACUGAUGGUAGUGUUGACGUGGUCCAUUGCCACGUGUGGGCCACUAAUUUCAAUCAAAAACUCCCACAACUAAUAUUCGAGGGUAGAUAUUGUAUCACAGAGAUAAAGAUAGCCUACAUGGAACUGUGUAGAAAGCUGCGGCACAUGAUUUAUAGAGUACGUGAUUUGCAAUAUAACGUAGACUAUUAUUUCUGGGCCUGUAAGAGAACCCACACGGGUUGCGAAGAGAGGCAUAUAUUGAGACACCUGGAGGACGAAAAUGUUUACAACGUUAUGGAUGAAGCCGAACAUAUCGUAGAUAAAGAGCCAGCAAAAUACAAGGAUAAAUUAACAGAGGGCGAAAAGUGCUUGACGGAAGUUCUCAAGACGAUCCAUACAAUUGGCGAGGAUCACCUAUCGAAAGUUAAAGAAUGUAUGUCACAAAUUGCGCACUAAUCACUUAAAGAGUUUACAUGCGACACUCGCCAACAGCAGUUUAUUCUUACUCUGUUUCGAGAGUGCAAUAAGUGCAUUCUCCGAGAUGUCGUCAACAUUCGAGGAGGGCAACGUCGCGACGGCGCGUCGCGAUGUAUCCCUGAUUUUAUUCGGACUUUUAUACAAACGAUCCGCGCAAGACUCGCUUUCAACAGCAAUUCGCUUUCCCUCAGCACCGCUCCCACCGCCGAUUUCGCAACAAUUGUACAAUAAUUCAAUUAUCGUAACAAUUAUCACAUUUACUCAGGCCAAACAUCGAUGUCGGCUGUAAUGCUGUUGUUUUGUUUUUUGGACAUGAAUUGUGAUAUUAUUGUAAUCAAAAAGUAUCCGAACUUUAUUUUUUAAAAAUCGCAGGUAAACUGUAAAUCAAAUUCGUUUGCUUUCUUAAGUUGGUACAUAUGUCCUUCACAUUUGAUGAAAAAAUCAUAGCAUUCCUUCAAGCCAUUUGAAAGUGGCAGUUGUUUAUGUUAGUGAAGAUUAUUGUGUACGGUGAUUUUUACGAUAUCGAAAAAUAUGGAGCAAAGAAUUUGUUUGAAAUUUUGUGUUGCGAACAGAAUUUCGUUCACAAAUGCAUUCAAAAAGGUUGCAAAAAGGUUGCAAAAAUGGCGAUGAUUGUUUAUCAAAAACAAAUACGUUUGAGUGGUUUAAGAAGUUUCAAGAAAGAUGAGAAUCCGUUGAAGACGACCCACGCUCUGGAAGACCAUCAACGUCAACGGAUGACGCUCACAUUGAGAAAGUAAAAGAAUUGGUGCUCCAAAAUCGUCAAUUGACUGUGCGAGAGAUAGCAGAUGAAGUUGGAAUAUCAUUUGAAUCGUGCCAGCACAUAAUCCGUAAGAAAUGACCGAAAUUGUGGGAAAACAACUCGUGGAUUUUGCAUCACGACAACGUACUAUCGCAUACCUCGAUACUUGUGCGUGAAUUUCUGACAAAAAGCUCAAUGAAUGUCGCUCCGCAAGCACCAUAUUCACCAGACGUGGCCCCAUGAGACAUUUUUCUGUUCCCCCUACUGAAAAAAUCACUUCGCCGACAGCGUUUCGAAUCGAUUGAAGA